CUGCGGCUCCGCGGGCGAUGGAGCCCGGCCCCGGCCCCGGCCGCCCCCUGCCCGUUCCCGCAGCGCUCCCCGCGCCGCCCCCUCGCUUCCUCGGCAGCUCCGGGCAGCGCCACUGUCGGACCUGAUGGACCGGAUGACGGAGGACGCGCUGCGCCUGAACCUGCUCAAGCGGAGCCUGGAGCCGCCGGAGGAGCGCGAGGACGUCCUGGCCAAGCGGCUCAAGAUGGAGGGGCACGAGGCCAUGGAGAGGCUGAAGAUGCUGGCGCUGCUCAAGCGCAAGGACCUGGCGGGGCUGGAGGUGCCCCACGAGCUCCCGGUGAAGCCGGACGGGAUCAAGGGAUACGAGGAGAAGCUCAACGGGAGCCUGCGGCCCCACGGGGACGGGCGGAGCGCGGCUCGGCCGGGCAAGGAGAACAUCAACGACGAGCCCGUGGAUAUGAGCGCCAGGAGGAGUGAGCAGGACCGGGGCCGCCUGACGCCGUCCCCGGACAUCAUCGUCCUGUCGGACAACGAGGCCUCCAGCCCCCGCUCCAGCUCCCGCAUGGAGGAGCGGCUCAAGGCGGCCAACCUGGAGAUGUUCAAGGGGAAGAGCCUGGAGGAGCGGCAGCAGCUGAUCAAGCAGCUCCGGGACGAGCUGCGGCUGGAGGAGGCCCGGCUGGUGCUCCUCAAGAAGCUGCGGCAGAGCCAGCUGCAGAAGGAGAACGUGGUGCAGAAGACCCCCGUGGUGCAGAACGCCGCGUCCAUCGUGCAGCCGUCCCCCGGCCACGUGGGGCAGCAGGGCCUGUCCAAGAUCCCCUCCCGGCCCGGAGCCCAGGGCGUGGAGCCGCAGAAUUUAAGGACAUUGCAGGGCCACAGCGUGAUCCGCUCGGCCGCCAGCUCGGCGCUGCCCCACAUGUUGAUGUCACAGCGCGUCAUCGCCCCCAGCCCCGCCCAGCUCCAGGGCCAGCGCGGGCCCCAGAAACCCGGCCUGGUCCGCAGCUCCACGCCCGGGAUGAGCCCCGCCAUCAACUACCAACCGGUGCGGGAUGGCACGGGACGGGACAGGACGUGUCCAGACGUGUCCCAGACGUGUCCCAGACGUGUCCAGACAUGUCCAGACGUGUCCCAGACGUGUCCAGACGUGUCCAGACAUGUCCCAGACGUGUCCCAGAUGUGUCCAGAUAUGUCCAGAUGUGUCCAGACGUGUCCCAGACGUGUCCCAGACGUGUCCAGACAUGUCCAGACGUGUCCCAGACGUGUCCAGAUGUGUCCAGACAUGUCCCAGACGUGUCCCAGAUGUGGAUAUGUCCCAGACGUGUCCCAGACGUGUCCCAGACGUGUCCAGACAUGUCCAGACGUGUCCCAGCCGUGUCCAGCCGUGUCCCAGACGUGUCCCAGACGUGUCCCAGACGUGUCCCAGACGUGUCCCAGACGUGUCCCAGACGUGUCCCAGCCGUGUCCAGCCGUGUCCCAGACGUGUCCCAGAUGUGUCCCAGCCGUGUCCAGACGUGUCCCAGAUGUGGAUAUGUCCCAGACAUGUCCCAGACAUGUCCCAGACGUGUCCAGCCGUGUCCCAGCCGUGUCCCAGCCGUGUCCAGACGUAUCCCAGAUGUGGAUAUGUCCCAGCCGUGUCCCAGACGUGUCCCAGCCGUGUCCAGCCGUGUCCAGCCGUGUCCCAGCCGUGUCCAGCCGUGUCCCAGAUGUGGACGUGGGUGUCCCGCUGUGUUUUCCAGGGAAGAGCGCGCCGGCGGUGCCGCGCGUGGAGCCGUUUGUGUGCGCGCAGUGCCGCACGGAUUUCACGCCGCACUGGAAGCAGGAGAAGGGCGGGCGGAUCCUGUGCGAGCAGUGCCAGACCUCCAACCAGAAGAAGGCGCUCAAGGCCGAGCACACGAAUCGCCUCAAGAACGCCUUCGUCAAGGCCCUGCAGCAGGAGCAGGUCGGCAUUCCCGGGAAUCCCACACGGCCGGGGCUCCUCCCACCCCAGAGCGUCCCAANCCCAUUUGGGAGACAGCUCAGGCCACAGCCAUGGGACUUUGGGGUGGAAUUUGGGAAUUCUGGCCCUUCCUGCUCCAAGGGGGUCCUGAGGUGUCCCGGGGCAGGGCUGUGGGUUAGAGCCGUGGGGCAGAGCCGUGGGGCAGAGCCGUGGGGCAGGGAUGUGGGGCAGGACUGUGGGUCAGAGCCGUGGGGCGGUGCAGUGGGUCAGAGCUGUAGGUCAGGGCUGUGGGUCAGAGCUGUGGAUCAGGGCUGUGGGGUGGUGCCGUGGGGCAGGGCUGUGGGUCAGAGCCGUGGGGCGGUGCCGUGGGGCAGGGAUGUGGAUCAGGGCUGUGGGGUGGUGCAGUGGGUCAGAGCUGUGGGUCAGAGCCGUGGGUCAGGGCUGUGGGUCAGGGCUGUGGGUCAGGGCUGUGGGUCAGGGAUGUGGGGUGGUGCCGUGGGUCAGAGCUGUGGGUCAGAGCUGUGGGUCAGAGCCGUGGGUCAGAGCCGUGGGGCGGUACCGGAGGACCCGUGCCGUCCCCCAGGAGUGAACAUCGCGUACCUGAACGCCGGCAUCGGGGGCCACAAAGCGUCGAGCCUGGCGGACCGGCAGCGGGAAUACCUGCUGGAUAUGAUCCCGCCCCGCUCCAUAUCCCAGUCCAUCAGCGGACAGAAAUAGCCCCGGCUGCCUCCCGCCGGGCCCGGGGAAACCACAACAGACAAAACAAACAUUUCAAACGGCGACCCGGCCCGUUCCCAGCCCGGAGCCCUCCGGUUCCCCGGGCCCGGAGCCGCAGCCCCGGCCCCGCCGCUCGUUUUGUAACCGCCGCUUUCUCCUUUGUCUCGUGGGUUGUUUUUUGCCCCUUUUCUCCUUCUUUUUCCCGCCUCCCUUCGCUCCAUGGAUGGUUAAAGCUUUUUUCUCCCUUUUCCAGA